AUGCAUUAUUUUUACUCUAUUACGUUGGUCCUGAUCGUCUCUGUCUUGCGCUGCACAGAGGCCUGGACCUUGGAUUCCUCUUGUAGAAGCGAUGGGAAUAGAACGAACUACCAAGCGACUAUUGAAAAUGGCAUGAGACAAGCAUUCAUAUACAACGAAGCUGCCCUCGACGCACUCAACGCCAUUGGAAGCCAAAAUAACGUGAACGAUUCAAUCCAUAUAGCACAACACGAUCUGUUCCAAUACUUAUUCCGCGUUGCCAUGAAAGAUGGCAAAAUCGAUGCAUCCUACAGCAAAUUUCAAAGAGUUCGAUCUGCUUUUCAGGCCGUCAGAAGGUUUGAUAAAACAGGUGACGGGCUUUCUUCCCCGCUGGCAGAAGAAGUACCUCAAGACGACGGCUUGAUCGUAUACUGUGACUGGGCUCGAUUUGAAGAAGGGAAAAGCUGUUCCGGGAAAGAACACGCCGGUGUUGCAUGUGAUCGGGACUUGCAGCAAGAUGUCGCGAUGGGGCCCUUGUACAAGAGUUGUAAAACGGGACAAACAAGGGCGCCAAUGACAUUUACACACCACGAAGGCAAAACAAGGUAUGCUCAGAUCCAACUGUGCUCUGAGUAUGUCAACAACGCAAACAAAUAUCCGUUGAAAUUCUGGAAAGAUAUUUCCCUUCAGGCAUUGCUAGCCAAGCCUAAAGCGGUAGUGUCAAAUAUUCUGAAGGGUGCUGAACCCAUAGAUGUUGCGGCAGCUGGUAUCAGCCACACUCUGUUCCACGAUAUGAUACAUGCAAUCGGACAGGGAGAAAUCGGGGAUGUUCAUGUGCACGAGACUGGGGUAGACGGCCUCGACGAGGACGAUCCUGAAAGAUCAGCUAGCUACGGAUGGGCUAAUUGUCUCCGUUUUUCUCCGUAUGGCCCAAACCGUGAGAAGAUGGGCGAGGCUCAUGCUUUAGAAAACGCGGAUAACUACGCAUACUUUGGGUUAGGGGCUUCGUUAAUCAGCCCUACUGGUAGUGGUAAACCACAACGGAUAAACCCAGAUGGGUCACUGCAAGUGAUACCAAUCUCGAAGCAGCGUCGGGCAAAUGUGCACAGAAGAGCACUGGCAAUUUCAGCAGUACCCAGGGAUGAAGGAAGUACGCCAUCUAAUACCACUGGACCGUUACCACCUGCUAGCCCCAGUACGAAGCCAGUCACUACAAAACCGGACACUACAGAGCCUACUAGCACAAAGCCUACAGAUGUACCACCAGCAAGUCCCAGUACAAAGCUAGCCACUACAAAACCGGAUACUACAGAGCCUACUAGUACAAAGCCUAUAGACUUACCACCAGCAAGUCCCAGUACAAAGCCAGCCACUACAAAACCGGACACUACAGAGCCUACGAGCACAAAGCCUACAGAACCACCGGCAAGCCCCAGUACGAAGCCGGCCACUACGGCCACUACGGAGACUACCAAUACAGAGCCUGCCAAUACACAACCUGGAACAACACUUACCAGUACUAAACCGGGCAGUAUAAAACCCACAGCCCCCCAACCGCCAGAAAGUCCAACCUCCAAAGCUGCUACUACACAACCUGCCAAUACGCAACCUGCCAAUACACAGCCAGCCAACACGCAGCCUGCUAAUACAGAGCAUGCCAAUACACAACCUGUCAAUACGUCACCUGGCACUACAACACUUACCACUACUAAGCCGGACAGUAUAAAACCCACAGACCCCCCACCGCCAGAAAGUCCAACCUCCAAAGCUACUACUACAGAACCUGCAAAUACGCAACCUCCCCAUACAAAGCCCGCCACCACGGGACCUGUAGACUCGCCAACUGCAAGUCCUAGUACAAAACCGCCAACUACAAAGCCUGCCAAUAAAGAACCUACCGGCACGACUCCUACAAGCUCGCCGUCUACAAGCCCUAGCUCCAAACCUGUCACUACAGAGCCUACCAGUACAAAGCCUACAGACUUACCACCGGCAAGCCCCGGUCCCAAACAUACUAGUACGAAACCAAUAGACUCGCCGCCUGCAAGCCCCAGUACAAAACUGGCUACUACAGAGCCUGUCACUACUAAACCUACAGGCUUACCGCCGACAAGUCCCAUUGGUAAGGCUACCAGUACAAAACCUUUGGACUCUCCACCAGCAAGCCCUAGCUCUAAACCUGCCAGUACAGGACCUGUCACUAAACAGCCUACAAAUACGGAACCUGUCACUACCAAACCGACCAGGACAAAACCUACUAACUCACCCCCUACAAGCCCCAGCUCCAUGCCUGUCAGUCCCCAUAAUAGUAGCGUGGCCUCGCCUACUCCUCAAACUAGUGUGACUCCGUCCAGCACUGCCGAGGCCGUUAUAACUCCCCGCUACGACUUCCAAGACGUGUAUGGGGACUACAACUUCUUUGAUGCCGCCCAGUCGGUCUUGUCGGCGCUCGAAGCAAAUAUGGUACCGCCAGUGACUGGGAUAACACCGACGCCAUCAGCGAAGUUCACUACGCCGAUCUCCUCUCCAACGACGAAAACGCCAAAGAGAACGCCAAUGCCAACGCCGACCACGACCACGACUACGACUACGACCAGUCACCCAAAACCGACACCAUCAGCGCCCGGGCUGUGGUGUGCUCCCACAGGUGGUGCAUCGGUCGGGGUUCCUGUAGAGUACGCACAAAACAACGUGACGGAUUUCUGCAAGCUGGAGGAAAGUAGCAUGUUCGGGCCCGCGAGAUACAACCUUCCCGUGGUUGGAUCGAACAUUAGAAAUUAUGAGAACGAGUACGACUUGCCGGGUGUGACGAUAUAUCUGAACAUUUCCCUUGUUAGUGGAGAAUUCAAUAUCACGAAGGAUGUGUGCCACAACACGAUGAAUGAGAUUCUGAACGAUUGUGCGCCGUACCAAAAGCAAGACAAAGAGCAGCAUCUGCUCAAGUUCGGUGGUGGUAUUCCGGUCAAGGGGCCAAAGGGAACGGCGAGUUUUAACAUUUCGCUAGAGGCAGCGGGCGGCACUAGCAAUUAG